AUAUUCAAUAUAAUUGGAUUACCUUUUACCUUUAUCAUCAAUUUCGUUGGCAUAGAUCUGUUAGCAGGGACGAUUCUAAUCAUUUUAAUAUCGUUUCUGUAAACCAUGGAGUAAAAUAUAUUACUUGAUACAACGGGAUGAGUGAUCAAAUUCCUCAAGAAAGUCAAAAAACAAGGUCCUCCGAAGAUAAGGUGGAUUUGUAUGACUUAAUUGGGGGUAGUUGGCCCCCUGCACCUCAGCCCCCUGAGCACCCUGAGUAUGGGUCAGUGCCUAGCAGACGCACUAUGCAGCAUUCAUCCCCACAUGAACGAGUGAAGUCUGUAAAUAUCAUUAAUCACCUGGCUCCAGAAAAGAGAAGAAUUAAACCCACAACUGCAAGUAUUGCAUCUACAAGUUCCGAGGAACGGCCAAAAAGCAAAAUGGUGCAUGAGCCCAAAAAAAUUGAAACUGGAAUUCUUGUUGAUGUGUGCAGCGGAGAUGGACCCGAAGAGUUGUAUGAUUCGCCAGUACCCGGGUCCCCGAGGGCAGUUCCUGCACAGAGACCUUCACCCCUACACCUACAGGAAGAGAUAGGCGUGGGGUCUUUGGUGGAGGUUGCUACAGAUGUGGAUCAGCAGUAUUAUGGAGUGGUCAGGUGGAUCGGGAUUAUUGAUGACACGGCGACAGCAGGCGUGGAGUUAGAGCAAAGUGUGUGCGGCCUAGGCGACGGCACGCGCGGUUCAGCGCGGCUGUUCUCGUGCGCUCCAGGGCGAGCGCUGUUCGUGCCGCUGCCACUCUGUCGCCGCGAUGCGCGCUUCCGUGAUACGCCGCCGCCUGACACAGCGCGCUCUGACCCGGAUCCGCACCUCGACCAGCCGGAGUGCCCGCUGGUGACGGGCGUGGUGCCGCCGCUGAGCUCGCUGGGCGAGCUGGCGGGCAAGAACCGUGGCAUCCAGGGCCACCACAACUCCUGCUACUUGGACGCCACACUCUUCGCAAUGUUCACGUUCACGAGUGUCUUCGAUGCGCUGCUGUACCGUCCGCCGGAGCCGGAGGACUCGCCGCACUACCUGGAGGUUCAGCGCGUCCUACGCGAGGAAGUUGUGAACCCGCUGCGACGGCACGGCUACGUGCGCGCCGACCGCGUCAUGCGCCUGCGCACGCUGCUCGAGCGCCUCUCCGACGUGCCCGGCCUCACCUCCGAGGAGAAGGACCCAGAAGAGUUCCUAAACGGCCUUGUCGCUCAGUUACUGAGAGCGGAACCAUUCCUAAAGCUAUCCUCUGGACAGGAGGCUUUUUGCUAUCAGCUGUUCGUGGAAAAAGACGAGCAGAUAACGUUGCCCACCGUUCAACAGUUGUUAGAGCAGUCAUUCGCUACCUCCGGUGUGAAGCUUAGUGAGGUACCAGCUGCGUUUAUAAUUCAAAUGCCGCGCUUUGGCAAGCAAUACAAAUUAUACCAACGAGUGCUGCCUUCACCACUGCUUGACGUAACCGAUCUCAUUGAAGGCUUGCCCCGGCAGUGCACGGUGUGCGGCGGGCUGGCGCGCUGGGAGUGCAGCGCGUGCGCGCGCGGCGGCUCGCUGGAGGCGGGCGCGCUGUGCGCCGCCUGCCUGCGGCUCGCGCACGCGGCGCGCCCGCACCACAAGGCGACGCCGCUGCUAGUUCCAGAAGAGUGGGCGAGCGUGCUGGAAGGCGCACCAGCACCACGCGUCUACAUGGAGCUGUUCGCAGUUCUGUGCAUCGAGACCAGUCACUACGUGGCCUUCGUUAAGGCGGGGCAAGCUCUCGACGCGCCCUGGUGCUUCUUCGACUCCAUGGCCGACCGCAAGGGCGAGCGCAACGGCUACAACAUCCCCGAGUGCGUGUGCAUCCCGGAGCUGGGCGCGUGGCUGAGCGAGGAGGGCGCGCGCGCGCUGCUGGCCGCCGCGCCGCACGACCGCCAGCUGCCCGCGCCCGCCAAGCGCCUGCUCGCCGACGCCUACAUGUGCUUCUACCGCAGCCCCGACGUGGCCAUGUACAGAUAGACAACGGCUACAACAUCCCCGAGUGCGUGGGCAUCCCGGAGCUGGGCGCGUGGCUGAGCGAGGAGGGCGCGCGCGCGCUGCUGGCCGCCGCGCCGCACGACCGCCAGCUGCCCGCGCCCGCCAAGCGCCUGCUCGCCGACGCCUACAUGUGCUUCUACCGCAGCCCCGACGUGGCCAUGUACAGAUAGACAACGGCUACAACAUCCCCGAGUGCGUGGGCAUCCCGGAGCUGGGCGCGUGGCUGAGCGAGGAGGGCGCGCGCGCGCUGCUGGCCGCCGCGCCGCACGACCGCCAGCUGCCCGCGCCCGCCAAGCGCCUGCUCGCCGACGCCUACAUGUGCUUCUACCGCAGCCCCGACGUGGCCAUGUACAGAUAGACAACGGCUACAACAUCCCCGAGUGCGUGGGCAUCCCGGAGCUGGGCGCGUGGCUGAGCGAGGAGGGCGCGCGCGCGCUGCUGGCCGCCGCGCCGCACGACCGCCAGCUGCCCGCGCCCGCCAAGCGCCUGCUCGCCGACGCCUACAUGUGCUUCUACCGCAGCCCCGACGUGGCCAUGUACAGAUAGACAACGGCUACAACAUCCCCGAGUGCGUGUGCAUCCCGGAGCUGGGCGCGUGGCUGAGCGAGGAGGGCGCGCGCGCGCUGCUGGCCGCCGCGCCGCACGACCGCGAGUGGCCAUGUAUCGAUAGACAACUCCAGUUUUGCCCUGGGGAAGCCAUCUGUGCAUAUCGCUGCCACCUUUGCCACCUUUGUCUAAAGAGUCCACGAGAUGCAUCAGGUGCGUCAUGAUCAUAGGUCGGUCAGUAAUCGGAGCGCGUGUGAGGAAUGUAUUCUGAACAAAAUACCAGCGUCGAUAACUUUGCGUGGAUACAUGUGGCUAAGGUAUACAAUAUGUCUAUAGAAGCUCUGCUCUUCAGUUACAAAGUAACUUUGUAUUUCAUCUUUGCCUAUGAGUCUAGACUUAUAGUUCGUUUUUUAGCAUUCGAAAAAAGGUAAAAAAUCUUGGCGUGUCUUUUGAUUGAACAAUGUUUUUAUGAAUUAGUUUGUAUUAGUUAUUAUUAUUAGUAUACCAUAUCAAAAUUUAAAUUCCAAAAUAAAUGAUUAUUGAAUUUUACUUUAAUUACUUAUGAAAGCACAAGAAUGUAAAUAAUCGUAUAUAAUUUAUAAUUGUUACAUAUUUGCUGUAACUUAUUUUUCAAAAUUGUAUUUUAAUAAUAAGACACAUCAAGAUUGCUUACGUACUUUCUAAUGCUAAGAAAACUAGUAUCUAUUAGGACCCUUUAGUUACUACUAACUCAGCUAAAGCAAUAUUAUGCCUGCAACUAUUGAAUGGUCUAGCCAGAUUACCUAUUUUGUCAUACAUAGCCAUAAGUUUGCUUGGCUAGAGUCAAACCAUAAUAAGUUGGCAGCGAUUUUGAUGGUCCAAAUGGUGCACGGGUUAUUUUAAACGUCAAACUUCUAUUAAAUUAUGACGUUUACUUGACACUUGCACCGUCUGGGCUAUCAAAAUCGCUGCCAACUUAUCUUGAUCUGACUCUAAUUAACGCCAUCAAGAUUGCAGAAUACUAAAUUAGUGAUGACGACCUUUGAGAACCACUUAACUCAGACGAUUCGUGAAGUAGUUGCACGGUGGUUCUCUUCUACUAAAGGAGAUAACUUGGUUUAAAAUAUUUUUUAGAAUUUUAUAUUUUUAUUUAUUCCCGCAUGCAUCUUAACUAUUAGCCACGCCAAUCAUAAAAACAUCUCACCAACCAUCUGAGUUAAGUUGCAGACCUAUAAAUAUACUUAUUUAUUUACAUUUAAAUACUGUUAUUAUACAGUUGAGUAAUAUUAGAAAAUAGUACAUUACGAUACAAGUGCGAAAAAUAGGAAAUUCGAAACGAGUGGCGAUAAAUUAAAACACGACCGAAGGGAGUGUUUUAAAUCGACACGAGUUGCGAAUUACCUAUUCGCACAUGUAUCGUACAACGUUUUACAGUACAUAUGGCCCUUUAAAUGUUCGACACAGUAACGUAAUAUGCUACUUCUCGCACUAGUGCUAUAAAGUAGCCCCAUAUGUACUGUAAUAAAAUAUAUCAUGUAUUCAAAUCCUUAGGUGAAAUAGAUACAAACAGUUUAUCUGGCAGUGAAUAUUGGCAGAUCUUACUUCAUUUGCAUUAAAAGUUUGCAAUCGCUUAAGUUGUUAUUGUGUUUAUGUCUUGUUUGGGUAGAAAAAUCGCGUCACGGACACAACCCAGUCUUUGCUUCGUACUUAUAGUAACCGGGUAAAAAACGGUGAAUUGGACAUAUGUAUUUAUUAGCAACUUUCUAAAGUACCUAUUAUAAAACUUGAUUUAAAGUAAAGUUGAUUCAUCAGUUAAUUUUAGGUAAAUAUUUAUGAUGUGCAAUGCAGAAAUAUAUAUUUAUUUUACCAAAAUGUGAUAUUAUUUGGUAAUAUUUGUAAUAAAAUAAUAUUAUCUAAUAAACUUUUAUUUUCAUAGC